CUGUUUCUCUUCUUUUGUAAUUAAAUUUCCUUCUUCAUCUUUUAUUGGUUUCAUCUGUGUUGGUCUCUUCUCUGAUAGCAACCUGGUUAUUUGAUACAAUGUCGUCAGGUCUCUCUUACCUGCAGCCUGUUCUGCUUCACUUGCCAGUGUUUCGUAGAAGUGUCUUUUGUCUUUGCGUGCACUCUUCUUUACUUCUUUGUCCAGUGUUUUAUACAUUGUGCUCAGUUCCUCUUGUCGUUGAGCAUCCUUGCACUGGUUUAUCUUCUGCUUCACCAUCCUCCUCUCCUCCAUCUAUCAGCUUCCAGGUAUCCGUCGAGAUCCAUUCCUUGUCUUCUUUCUUCUUCCUUCCUAAUACUGUUGCGCAGGUUUCUUUCCACAUAGCUUUCAAAGACUUCCAGUGUUCUUCCACACAAGUUUCUUCAGGGAUGUCCCUCGAUAUCUCCCAUUUUGUCUUGAUGGCUGCCUUGAAGAUCUCCUUUGUAAUUUCAUCCUUCAGUUUCCGAGUGUUGUACUUGAAUUGAGGUCUAUCACCAGCUUCCUUGAAGGCUUUUAACUUGAUUUAGAAGGUUCCUUGCACUAGAUAGUGGCCUGAACCUACAUCUGCUCCUCUUCUUGACCUUGUGUUAAGUAGACCGCGUCUCCAUUUUCUUGAGAUUGAGAUAAAGUCGAUUUGAUUUUUAGUGUGUCCAUCUGGUGAAAUCCAUGUCGCUGCUUUGUGGAUAUCUUUGUGCUUGAACACACUGCCUCCAAUCACCAAAUCGUUGAAUGCACAGAAUUCUGCAAACAAUUCUCCAUUCUCAUUCAUUUCACCUAGCGCCUCUCGACCCAUGGUUAGUUCUCUUCCUGUGUUGUCCCCUCCCAGUUUGGCAUUCAUGUCACCUCACCCAUUAGAAUUUUGAUAUCGCCAACUGACGUCUUGUCC